AGGAAAGGGACCCUGAAAGAAAACUCUAAAUGUCUACGGCAAUGACUUAUCUGAAUGAACUUGUAUCUUCAAUAUCACCUAGAUGAUUCCUGCUCCUCCUUCUUGAGUCAACAAAGGUAUCACCUCCUCCUGGAAGCUUUCCUUGACUACCUCAACUGGGCAGAAAUCUCUGCUUAUUCCAGGGGCGUGAUUCGUCGAGAAACACAACAGAGUGAGAUUGCUCAUCGGUACAACGAUUUGGGAGAAGAACAUUUCAGAGGCCUGGUGCUGGUUGCCUUUUCUCAGUAUCUCCAGCAGUCCCCAUUUGAAGAUCAUGUGAAAUUAGCGAAGGAGGUGACUGAGUUUGCAAAAGGUUGUGCUGCUGACCAGUCAGGGGCCGACUGUGGCAAAUCCCUUCACACGCUCUUCGGAGACAGACUGUGUACCGUUGCCUCUCUUCGUGAAAAGUAUGGCGACCUGGCUGACUGCUGUGAGAAACAGGAGCCUGAGAGAAAUGAGUGCUUCCUGAGUCACAAAGACGAUAACCCCGGCUUCCCUCCGCUGGUGACCCCGGAGCCGGACGCCAUGUGCACCGCCUUUCAGGAAAAUGAACAGAAGUUUCUGGGAAAAUACCUGUAUGAAGUUGCCAGAAGACAUCCUUACUUUUAUGCCCCAGAACUCCUUUACUAUGCUCAGCAAUAUAAACAAGUUUUUGCAGAAUGCUGCCAAGCUGCUGAUAAGGCUGCCUGCCUGACACCCAAGAUUGAUGCUUUGAGGGAAAAAGUACUGGUUUCAUCUGCCAAAGAAAGAUUCAAGUGUGCCAGCCUCCAGAAAUUCGGAGAUAGAGCCUUCAAAGCAUGGUCGGUAGCUCGCAUGAGCCAGAAAUUUCCCAAAGCUGACUUUGCAGAAGUUACCAAGUUGGUGACAGAUCUUACCAAAAUCCACAAGGAAUGCUGCCAUGGUGACCUGCUUGAAUGUGCAGAUGACAGGGCGGAUCUGGCCAAGUAUAUGUGUGAAAAUCAGGAUUCAAUCUCCACUAAAAUGAAGGAAUGCUGUGAUAAGCCUUUGUUGGAAAAAUCCCACUGCCUCACUGAGGUGGAAAGAGAUGAGUUGCCCGGUGACCUGUCCCCGUUAGCUGCUGACUUUGUUGAAGAUAAGGAGGUUUGCAAAAACUAUCAGGAGGCAAAAGAUGUGUUCCUGGGCACGUUUUUGUAUGAAUACUCAAGAAGGCAUCCUGAGUACGCGAUCUCUUUGCUGUUGAGACUUGCCAAGGAAUAUGAAGCCACUCUGGAGAAGUGUUGUGCCACCGAUGAUCCUCCUAGUUGCUAUGGCAAAGUGCUUGAUGAAUUUAAACCUCUUGUGGAAGAGCCUCAGAAUUUAGUCAAAACAAACUGUGAACUUUUUGAAAAACUUGGAGAGUAUGGCUUCCAAAAUGCGCUCUUAGUUCGUUACACCAAAAAAGUACCCCAGGUGUCAACUCCAACUAUCGUGGAGGUCUCAAGAAAACUAGGAAAAGUGGGCACCAGGUGUUGUAAGAAACCUGAAUCGGAAAGAAUGCCCUGUGCUGAAGACUAUCUGUCCGUGGUCCUGAACCGGUUGUGCGUGUUGCACGAGAAGACCCCAGUGAGCGAGAGAGUCACCAAAUGCUGCACAGAAUCCUUGGUGAACAGACGACCAUGCUUUUCUGCCCUGGAUGUUGAUGAGGCAUACGUUCCCAAAGAGUUUAAUGCUGAAACAUUCACCUUCCAUGCAGACUUAUGCACACUUCCUGAGGCUGAGAAACAAAUCAAGAAACAAUCUGCACUUGUUGAGCUGGUGAAACACAAGCCCAAAGCAACUGAGGAACAACUGAAAACUGUUAUGGGGGAUUUCGGAGCCUUUGUAGAGAAGUGCUGUGCAGCUGAAGACAAAGAGGCCUGCUUUGCUGAGGAGGGUCCAAAACUUGUUGCCACAGCUCAAGCUGCCUUAGCCUAAAAGAACACCAUCAGAAGCAUCUCAGCCUGCCCUGAGAAUAAGAGAAAGAAAGAGAAAUGAAGACCUAGAACUUAUUCAUCUGUUUUUCUUUUCUGUUGGUAUAAAACCAACCCUCUGUCUAAAGAACACAAAUUUCUUUAAACAUUUUGCUCUUUUCUCUGUGCUGUAAUUAAUAAAAAA